ACACCGGCAAACUCCAAUAACAGGUCAUUCGGAGCUAGUGAGGAAUAUGCGUGUGUUCGCAAGAGCAUAACGAGAGUUUGGACGCUAAUUGAAUUUGUUAAAAUCCCUUACUUUAUCUGAGGACAUAUCCGAGUGGGACAAGAAAAGCUGAAAUAGGAUUUGAAAGCAUACCAGAAAGGGUGUGAAAGGAAAACCAAAAGAAAGAAACCUAAGGGGUUUACGUGAGACCCAUUUUAUUAUUUUAUGUCUUUAAGUAGCUGCCUUUAUUGCAGUCAGGUAAGGAUAACAUCAUAUUUCAUUUUUGGUUUCAGGUUAUUCAACAAGCAAUCCUAUCACAGCUUUCAACCUUUGACCUGCAGAUUGAUUAGUUUAGUAUCCCAAUGAGCUGUGAAUUGGAGGCAAUAAGAUACUCUUCAGUUUCUUUUUUUAACCACACAGCUCUGAGAAGGACUGUUGGAUAAAUCUCUAGACCUUCAAGAAGCCAUACCCAAGACAGCACUGCAAUCAUGGGGGAAUGGGGCUUCCUCGGUGGACUCUUUGAUAGCCUCCAGGCCCACUCGCCGAUGCUUGGACGUUUCUGGCUCUUGCUGAUGCUUGUUUUUAGGAUUCUGAUCCUGGGAACUGUAGCCAGUGACCUGUUCGACGACGAGCAAGAGGAGUUUGCCUGCAACACCCUCCAGCCGGGCUGCAAACAGGUGUGCUACGACAUGGCCUUCCCCAUCUCCCAGUACAGAUUCUGGGUGUUUCACAUCGUGCUCAUCGCCACACCUUCCCUGGUUUUCCUCAUGUAUGCCAUGCAUCACCACAACAAGAAGACCAGCCAAAACCGGAGCCAAGUCUACAGGGAAAACCUCCGUUUGAGGAGGCUUUACAUGGUCAACGUGGCCUUCCGUAUGUUGGCAGAAAUAGCCUUUCUGGUGGGCCAGUGGAUGCUGUACGGCUUCAAGGUGGAGGCCCAGUUCCCAUGUAGCCGCUUUCCCUGCCCCUACACGGUGGACUGCUUCACCUCCCGUCCUGCAGAGAAAACCGUCUUCCUCUGCUUCUACUUUGUCGUAGGAUUGAUAUCAGCAAUUUCCAGCUGUAUGGAACUUUUCUACGGCUCCAUCAAGUGGUUCUGCUGCACAAGCCCGCGGCCCCUGACCCCGGAGACCCAGAACCUUGACAACUUCGAGAAGGAAGAAAGGACGGUGUCGGAGAGUGUUCCCGGCAGCAUUAGGCUGAAGGGAGGAGCAGUGAGGAGCCACAUGGGUAGAAAAAGCUCCAGCAUUGGAUACAAACACAGGAGUGGGAGAUAUGUGAGCAGCAAGACAUUCAUGGUGUGAGACAAACUUGAUUUAUUAUGGUGUGAAAAAAAAUGUUAUUAUUAUACAAGUAAUUACUCUAUGGCAUUUCACAUAAAUGCAUCUCACUGUUAACGGUAGAAGGAGACGUCAUAAAGGAAAUGUUUGUGAGUCAGAUAAGGAAAUGAGCAAAGACGAGAGAAAACUGAUUGCAAUUUGAACACUGGAUGACUUGGUUGGUCUCAUGAAUCAUUACAGGCGGUAAAUAGUUCAGGAGAAUAAACAACGGGAUUACACUUGAUUGAGUUGUUUAACACUGAUUGCUCUUUGUUGGAAAGAGAACUGAUUGUACUUCCAUCAGACACACCCUUGAUAGAACUCAAAAUCUCUACAAGCCUGAUAUUUAAAUACACACACACACACACACACACACACACACACACACACACACACACACACACACACACACACACACACACACACACACACACACACACACACACGUUGUACGCUUUUGUACAUUAAGGUUUAAAUACUGUCUUUCCAACUCUUAACACUACAAAGUUCUGAAAAGAGAACAACACACACCGUGUUAAAUAUGAGUUAAACAUGAUAGCAUUUUUAAGUGUCUUUAGUUGUUGUGAAAAACGUUUGGCCAUGGUAUUAGAUUUAAAUGAUCUACUUUCUUACUGACACUUAAGAGAAGCUCAACUUAGCUUAGCUUAGCACAAACAGGGGAAACAGCUAGCUUAAUUUGAGCGACACCUUUUCAAAAUCCACCUAUCAACACUUUAUGCAAUAUAGGCUUUUCUUUUCACUUAUGUAACCCACACAAAACCAAAUAAAGUGUACAAACUCUAUGUAGCAGUUUCAAAGACUAUCUGCAGCUAACUGUUAGCCUAUUAGGUUUUAUACAAAGCUAAGCUACAUUGGAGACGGAUAUUCAUACAUCUCAAAAAGAAAACUAAAUGAUUUCCCAAAAUGUGAAACGUUCCCUUUAAGUGUGGCUAGAUGGUGUGACACUAAUGAUGGAAGAUAAAUGAGUUAAAUGACAUAAUGAGGCAUUCAUUCAUUAUAACUUUAGCAGCACUAGGUUUUACAUUUCUGCAUGUAUCUCAAACAUGACCAUAGUUCAUGGUUGAUACUACUUGAAUUGCUUUACCUGAGACACUAAUUUCAUUUUGUUUGACAACUGAAUAAUUUAUUGGUACUUCCAAAUAUAUGUAUUCUUUCCAUGAGUGCAAUGUAUGUGAUGAAGUACGCUAUGAGGCGUAUUUCCCAUAGCCUGUUUCUGACAGUUGAGAGACUGUUGUUGGUUCGAGUCAGAAACAAGCUGAAUGGCACUGUUGCUUUGUUCCUCCUGCACAACUGGUAUUGUAAAUGUUGUCUUCCUUUGAUGAAAGAGACUUCAAUCAAACCUGCCUCAUAUCAUCACGUUUCACCUGCAAUACAUGAAUAUUAAAGUUCCCCUUCACU